AUGGACAACUCCCAAGACAACGACGUCAUAGUGUAUGUUUCCGUCGCAUGGUAUACAUUAUUAAUGUUAGUCAUAACGGGAGCGACAUAUUGGAAUUACUUUUUUCCUCCAUUUAGCAAAACGUUUUGUUUCUAUGUGAUGAGUGAGGUCAUCUUUUUAGUUCUCCAAACGUGUUGUUUCUGUCAGUACAAAGGUUCCACGUCUUCAUGUGUAGUGUUUUUGUUUCAACGACUUUGUGACGUCCUUCAUGUUUUGACGCUUUUUCAGUCUUAUUUUGUAUGGGCAAAUGGUUAUUUUAUGAAUGUCACAUAUGGUGUUAAAAACGCGUGGAAUAGUUUAAAAUUUCCAUAUGUAAUGUUUGGACUCUAUAUCAUCUAUUUCAUAUAUAUCAUAACCCUCACAGUCAUUUUUAUGCUGUUGUCUGGGGAUUGUACUUCUGUCGUCUAUGACACUCUAUUCUUGAUCAUUCGAUACUCCAAUUUUUCUUUGAACAUUAUCGUGAUCUUCACAUUAAUAGGAUUACUCGCAUGGUUUGUUCAUUACAAUAAGCGUGUCGCAAUCACUCGUCAAACGAUAUUGUGGAAAGUGUAUCUAAUGUUUUUAACAACAUUUGGCAUUGCCACCCUCAUCAUGGUUUUGAUUUUGUUAUUCAAAUUGGUCAUCGCAACGGUCGUCGGUUUUGCAAAUGUCGAGCUCCCCACUCUGUGGUACAAAAUUUGUGUCCACCACAUCCCAGACACGCUUCAGACUAUUGCAGAGCUUAUAUUGGUUCUUAACUUCAAUCACUGCUUCAAAUGGGUCAAUCGGUACGAGUACUGA